AUGUCGCACAUUGGAAGAGAUUGUGUAUACAACGCACAAACGCUGAAUCUACGCUUUAUUCCGAAGUGGAAUCGGGAACCCAAAAUUCUGACUAAAUGUGUAUUAUCAUGUCCAAUAUCUUUAUUGUUUGACGUGACUCUUCCACAGGAGAAGCAACAUCUUCACGAGUAG